GAAAUGUAUAAAACCCGGUACUUGGAGCAGAUGAGAGCAUCGGCAUAUUCAAAAACGGAUUAAGUGAAUCAAGGAGCGGUGGAUACCAAAUGGACUGGAUGGGAAUGUACCUUAUACAUUCCUAACACAGUAAUUGCUGAUGCUGGGAAGCAUGAAGGGAGUUGACCGCACACAGUGUCCAGUCUCGUGUGUUCUGCCUGAAUAACUUCUCUGGUUGCCAGUGUUGGAUUGAGGGUCUGGAAAUAGAUGUUUCAUGGUCCAAAUGCAUUGCCGAAUCAAAGCAUAUCUCUAGGAUGGAAGGAUAAAACCUGUUUGCUUGCAUCUCCUCCCAUAUGUCUGCGAUGAAGAUUAUGCAGACAUGGCCUACAGCAGCUUCAUUCUUCAUGUCACCUGAUUCACUAUCUGAGACUCAGCCAUCACUUGAUAGUUCUGAAUUAUGUGAUUCAUACCUUUGACAAGCUGAAGUUUGUCUCCUCUGAAGACGUUAACAUCACAGAUGCUGUUUUUGAUGGUGUAGAAGUCAGAGUGUUUGAACCUCCCAUGAAGGGAGAUGAAAGGCUCAAGCGCAGCGUUGUUUACAUCCAUGGAGGUGGCUGGGCUUUGGCAAGUGCAAGAACAAGCCUUUAUAACAAUCUCUGCAGAAUCAUGGCUGAAUCUCUCAAUGCUGUAGUCGUCUCAGUCGAAUACAGACUGGUACCAGAGGUGCGCUUCCCUGAGCAGUUCCAUGAUACUCUUCGUGCUACAAAGUAUUUUUUGCAGCCUGAUGUUUUAGCUGAAUAUUCAGUUGACCCAGGUCGAAUUGCAAUUUCUGGUGAUAGUGCAGGAGGAAAUUUGGCAGCUGCUGUGUGUCAGCAGCUUAGCAAAGAUGAGCAUUUGACCAUCAAACCAAAACUGCAGGCCUUAAUUUAUCCAGUCCUUCAGGCAUUUGACUUCAAUACACCUUCUUAUCAGCAGAACAUGAAUAUGCCUGUUCUUCCUCGUUAUGUCAUGAUCAACUAUUGGAUAGAUUAUAUCAAUGCCAAUUACGAUUUGGCUCACUCGCUGCUGAUUAACAACCACACUGCUCUUGACGUUGGUCAAGCUCUGUCUUUCAGAGGGCGUCUGAACUGGACAUCUCUACUGCCUUCAUCAUUCAAAAAGAACUACAAGCCUGUAAUACAAACCACAGGCAAGGCUGAAAUCAUCCGGGAGAUACCAGCACUGCUUGAUGUACGAGCAGGCCCACUGCUUGCAGAAAAUGAAACUCUGCAGCUGCAGCCAAAGACCUACAUCCUGACUUGUGAGAAUGAUGUCCUGCGAGAUGAUGGGGUGAUGUAUGCCAAGCGCUUGCAGAACGCUGGUGUGGAAGUCACACUUGAUCACUUCGAUGACUGCUUUCAUGGCUGUAUGAUAUUCACUGUUUGGCCUACUGAUUUCUCUGCAGGCAUUCAGACCAGAAACAGCUACAUAAAAUGGCUGGAUGAAAGCCUCUGAAGAAAGAAUCUCUCUAGAAGACACAGGGUGCUCAACUCCGGUGUCUGUCCUUGCUAAAGAGCAAACAAUGAAAAAGUGCACUUUUCCAAAUUGUGACUUCAUCCAUUCAGCUGCGGGGGGUUACAGACCACAGUUACUAGCUUGAUUGGCCUUGCCCAGCAAAGUAUUUUGAGAGAUGUUUUUUCAGACUUUGAUUUUUUUUUUCCCCCUGCUUUCAGGUGACUAUUGCCAGACAUAAAUAAAUGUUGAGCAGGGAGAUCAGCAUUCCUGUAGCAUUCUUAACGGGUUGCGAUUUUCAAGCUGUGACUAUUACUUAGGCACAAAGGCCACAAUUUUCAGAUGAUGUGAGGUAAAGCCAAACACCUACACCUACCUCUGAAUAUGUAAAAGUGGGAGCUAGCUUUCAACAGAGGCGAACACUUGAUGUCAAAGAAAGUGUGAGCACUCUCACUUUUGAGAGCAGAGCCAUGCAUUUGAAUAUCAAGCAUGGGUUUAGGUGUUGGCUUUCAGGCACAGAGACAAAUGGCUCAUUUAAUUAUUUUUUUUUUAAAAGGCUCUUCUAGGUAGUUAAGAUGAUGCUAGACAAGUCUAGCCAAACAUGUAAUUCAGCUUUGGAAUUUGGUCUUUAUUGCCUUUUAGUUAUUUAUAUUUUAUAAAAGCACAGGACUGAGUAUAUUUUCAAUAAAAAGUAUUACAGCAUACAUACAAAUAUAUAGGAUAAAAUACUCUGUGUAGCAGCAGAAUCCAGGUUGUUUAUGUUAGUGAGCUUCAAAGCCGACUACUUGUGUGGCUAAAAAAUGUGACAUCGUCUGUGGUUAAAGCCUCAGCUUCAUGACUUCCUUUCAGAAAAUGCUGAGCAUACUAAAAAAAAAUCUACUGUGUGGUUUGCACUAAUGUUUGUAAUUAAUAGUAGGUUUUGUUAAUUGAUUUUUCUUUUGUACUUGCAGUGUUUAUUGUAUUUUGUGCUUCCUGGAAGCAGAGAAGCUAGCAAACAGAAGAGGGCUCUAAUCUAUAUGGAAGAUUGAAAUCUGAUCUUUGCAGCUAAACAUUUUCUGCCUUGUAGACUGUUCCAAAAUGUGAGGUUAAGAUGAACUCACUGUUGUGCAACAGUUGGAGCCAAUCCGUAAUAUUCAGAAAGGCAGGACAGGGAAAUGAAACAACUUGUGAGUAUAUAGUCUGAGAUGCUUACUGCUUGCAGAAAUGAUUGUUGUGUCAAAAGCCCAGUGUUUCUAGCAAAGAGGAGAGAAUAGCUGUCCCAUGACUAAACUAUUGGAUUAAAUUUAUUGUCAGCUUUACCACAGGCUUCCUGCGGGGCUCCAGGAGUACAAUUUAAUUUCCUUACGCACUACUUUCUUCUGCAAGAGAGGGAGAAGUAAUUUCCUACCUCACAAAGGAGCUGUGAAGCUGCAUCCACAGGUGUUGGUGAAGCACACAGAUGUGAGAGUGACUGGCAGGUACUGAAUAUUUCCCAUAGCUUUUGACUUUCCAUCCUGCCUGCCCCAUGAUGGGUGGAGUGGCUAGGCUGCAGGUCCUUCUGGGCAGUUCGCUAAGCUCUGUCCUGGCUCCUGUGAAAGCACCCUAAGGUGAGGCUUCUUGGCCAUAGGGUGAUUAUAACAAAAUUUCAUUAGACCAUUUCUUAAGGCAGGAUUCUGAAAAAUUCUUUAAAAAAAAAACCCACAAGGUACUGGUAGAUCAGAACAGUUCCAUUUCACUCAUAUUUAAAUGAAAGAGAAUGGCUGUGUUGAAUUCAGCCUCAAGGUAGGCUUAGCCAUGCAGGCUGAAACUCAUUUCUGGGCAUAGGUUCACAUGGAGGUCAAAAGCCAAAGCUGCUCCAACAGCAGGCCAGGUUCUUCUUCCACUUAGAUGGUUACAAAAACUCUGUGGAAUUAGAGCAGUGGAGUGACAAUCAGAUUAAAUUUUGGUCAAGGUAUCUAGUUAACACUGCAGAAGAAUUCAAACUUUAAACCCUCUUUCCUCCUUUCCCCCAUAAGCACAACUUCCAUAAAUACAAUUUACAUUUAAAACAGCAACCAAAGUUAAGUCCAUUGAAAAGACAAAUUACUAACCUGCUCCAGAGUCCUUUCCACUGUAUAGAGACAGCUCCAUGUACUUGACUUUAAACUAUGACUUAGAAAAUUAAAAAACCAAUUGUUACUCUGAGUUGCUACAACAGGCUUCUUUCUGGCUUUUCCACUUAGAGAGUAAACCCAUGCCAGAAAAGAUGUAAUUUAUAUCCACCCACCAUCAUUAAAAGAUAGUAGUAACUGCAGUACUGAGAAAAAAAAAUUGUUAAUAUUCCUAAAAAUUCUAUAAUAAUUAAGUUUGCUGGAGAGCUAGCUGCAAAGCUUUAGAUCAGCAUUUGUUUAUAGCUAAGUUAUAAAUAUCUGCUAUGAAACUAUAAUAUAAUUACUGCUGGGUUUUAACUAAAAUGAAAUGGAAAGCUGGAAUAUAUAUUCAUGGAGUCAGUUGUAAAUUUCCUUCAUGCACUGAAGCACAUUAAAGUCUUGGCACAAGAAAUGGUAGUAAGUAUAUAACUGGACUGACUGUUUACUAAGUCAUUAUCAGCUUUAUGCGACAUCCAAGACUGCAGCACAACUUGGAUGAGCUGUUACAGUAUGAACUAGUUCUGUCAAAAUAUCUGGACUACUUUUGUCGUACAGCUGUAUGGUUUUAGGUAUGUGAUAGCUACAAAGAUAUGUGAUGGAUCCUAUAACAUAAAAAGAGGUCUGAGUUCCAGCUGUAAAAAGACCUUUUAGUAUGUAGCUGCACAAGACACUUGAUUAAUAUUGGGUGUAAACUUUGAAGUAAGUGUUAGUCCAAACUCAGUUUUCCUCCUAGUUCGCUCUGUUCUCCUUUGCACGCAUUCCCCAUGCCUGAAGUUGAAAGUUUAGGGUUGUUUCCAGCUGAGCUGCAGCAAGCUCCUAGAAACUGAGCACUUAGGCAGCUGAGAGCGCAGCUGGGGUGGGCAGGCGUGGUUACAGAAAGCUGAUGCCUGAUAGCAAGACAUUAAGGUUUAUGCGUGUUGCAACACCUCAAUUUGUUCAUGUGGUUAAUCCUACAUCUCCUAAAACAUUUCUUCGGGUGUACCUUGCACCUUCGUUCCUUGGUUAUUUCACACAGCAGUUCAGGGCACUUUGCACAUUGUAAAAUCAGAUCAAGUGUUUGUAACAAUAUUCCACCCAUGCAUAGUAAAAAGUUAGACUUCUAAAAGAAGACAGUCAAUAAAUUUGUCUACUUCUUAUUAAAUCAAGAAGUAUGGCUACCUAUUUUUUGAAGGUUGGUUUUUUUUUCCCUCUGCAGCUGCAAUUAAACUUUAACUAUCCAUUGCAAGAAUAUCGUGUUCCUGAUGGCCAUCAAAGCAUUCAGAUGUGAGCUUAAAAAAAAAAGUGCUUACAAAAGAGAAGCUAUAGUCAUUUGCAUCGUGCUUCCUUGGACCUGGAACUAUAUAGCAGGUCCCUAGUAUUUUGGCCAAUUAGUAUAUUUGCAGAAAUAAAUGGAGGUUUUGUUUGCCUAGUUUAGAACCUCCUAAAAGAUGUGUUCAGCAUUUCUCAAGGUGUUUCAUGGUGCGUAAAAAUGACAAAUAAAUUGAAUUUCCUAACCUUCAUCUAAGUACUUCCAGAAUCGCCUCCCUAGGCAAAGCAGAGUGGCCAUUGCAGGUUUAGGUCCUACAAACUAAAAAGAAAUGCUUUAUCUUUGAAACAUUGUUUAAGUAGGUGCAUUGUGGUUAUCAUUUUAAAUCUCUUACUAAACUAUUUGAAACUUUUUCAAAUAAAAAUCUUAGAAGUAGAUUAACCUGUCAAGCUGCUAUGAUCUGUAACAACAUUUGGAAAAAAAAAAAAAACAACAACAAAACCAAACCCAGCUGGUUUAAUGUUCUCUUAUUUAUGAUGUUCAAAACUCCAAAGUACAAAUACUUGAUAUGAAUGCAUUCAAUAUCUUAUGCAUGACUGGUUUUUGCUUCCUUCCCCGUGCAGUGGAAAGAACUUGUAAGAUCUAAUGAGCAAGUGUGAUUGAAAUGUGCUGUCAAAUGGAGAACCAAUAAAUAAAUAUAUCCUUGAUAUUUUUCCCCCUCCUCAGGA